UGACUGUAGAUCGCCGAGGAGAUUGUUUUCCUUAUUUGUUUUCUUGGGUUUUCGUCGCGCAAUUUCCGAAAUGACUCGGACCGUCGGGUUAGAUAUUUCGGAGUCGGGUUUUGUCCCCUCGAACCGCGGAAACGAUGCUGAUGUAGAGUUGAUUAUGCAGAACCAACAAAGCUAUAGUGAGAAAAUAAAUGUGGACAAAGACAAAAGCAGUGGUGCCUUUGCGAAUGAGGCAAAGCGUCGAACCAGUGAAAUGACCAAUUUUAUGGAUGAUCUCACCUUAAGUUCUCCAAAAGAUAGAAAGUCUCGCUCAAGAUCUAAAACGCAUUCCAGCAAGCAGAAGUCAACCUCCAGAUCCUCUUCACGUAGCUCUGAGUCAGAUUCCAGCUCUUCACGAUCAAGGUCAAGGAGUUGGAGCAGGUCACGUUCUCGUGACAGAAAAUAUAGACAUAAGAGAUCAAGACGUUCACAAUCGUAUUCAAGAAGCCACUCCAGGUCUUAUUCCAGGAGCCGCUCCAGGUCUUACUCUAGAAGCCGCUCCAGGUCCUAUAGCCCUCGUCAGAGAAAAAGAUAUUCUUCUGCUUACAGAAGGUACUACCGUUCGCCACCUCGGUACAGAUCACGUAGCAGAUCACAUUCUCGACUGGGGUCAUAUCGCAGAAGCUGUCGUUCAAGGAGCCGCUCAAGGUCUCGUGGCAGAAGGUACUAUGGCUUUGUAAGGCGGCCUUACUCUCCUACAUUCAGAAGCUGGAGGAGCAGAUCAAGAACCAGAUCCCGCAGCAGGACCCCGCUCAGAUUAAGUGAAAAGGAAAAGCUGCAGCUGUUGGAAAUUGCCAAAAUGAAUGCUUCCAAGGCGCUAGGAAAAGAGGUGGAGCUUCCAGAGAGUCUCAAGGACUUACAGAAGCAUUCAGAGCAUUCUGAGGAUGUGAAAAGAAGCCAAAGUGACAGGUCUCAUUCCAAGAGUCGCAGUUCUAGCCAUGCUGUAAGUUGUGAAAUUAUGAAUGCAUAAGAAUGGUUAACUUGCUCC